UAGCGGCCACAAGCUGCAGUGACGGAUCAGUACGUGUGAGCACUGAGUGAGCUGGAAGAAGAAGAGGAGGAGGAGGGGGUGCUAAUUGAAUCCAGCUAAAUUAUUUAGUACCUGCCCUGUCUGUGGAGGACAACAUGCCUGCUGUGGAUAAGCUGCUGUUGGAGGAGGCUCUGUUAGACAGCCCCCAGACGAGAUCUCUGUUGAGCGUAUUUGAGGAAGAUGCCGGAACACUAACCGACUAUACAAAUCAGCUGCUUCAAACAAUGCAACGAGUCUAUGGGGCACAGAAUGAAAUGUGUCUAGCAACCCAGCAACUGUCCAGCCAACUUCUCGCAUAUGAAAAACAGAAUUUUGCCCUGGGAAAAGGAGAUGAAGAAGUCAUAUCAACUUUACAGUGCUUUGCAAAUGUAGUAGAUGAGCUUAAUGUACUUCAUACAGAACUGGCAAAGCAGCUGGCAGAUACAAUGGUCCUGCCCUUAAUUCAGUUCCGUGAAAAGGACCUUACAGAAGUAAGCACGUUAAAAGAUCUUUUUCCUACUUUCUAGCAAAUGGUAUGUUUGCUCUUCCUUUUUUGUGUCUUUUUAGAACAUGAUUUAUCAAUGGCAAAGUACAGCAGACUGCCAAAAAAGAGAGAAAAUGAAAAGCUAAAGGCUGAGGUUGCUAAGGAAGUUGCUGGGGCUAGAAGAAAGCAGCACCUUUCAUCCUUGCAGUACUACUGUGCAUUAAAUGCCCUCCAAUACAGAAAGAGGACAGCAAUGCUGGAUCCUAUACUUGGCUACACCCAAGGACAGAUUAACUUUUUUAAAAAAGGAUUUGAAAUGUUUUCCAAAAAAAUGGACGGAUUUCUGUCAUCUGUAACAAACAUGAUUCAGAGGAUACAAGGAGAACUAGAAACAGAAGCAGAUGCCAUGAGGAUUUCUCAGCAAGAACUUCUGUCUGGUAAUGAUGCCAUGUAUACUCCAGAUUAUGAUGUUACGUCACCGAUCAUCAACCGAAACCUGAUUCAAAAGGCUGGUUAUCUCAACAUGAGGAGUAAAACAGGCCUGGUCACCACAACUUGGGAGAGACUAUAUUUCUUUACACAAGGCGGAAACCUAAUGUGUCAGCACCGAGGUGAGGUGGCUGGGGGCCUUAUUCAAGACUUGGACAAUUGUUCUGUCAUGGCAGUGGACUGUGAGGAUAGGCGAUACUGCUUCCAGAUCACUGCUCCCAGUGGCAAGACGAGCAUCAUCCUCCAAGCAGAGAAGAGGGAAUAUGAAGAGUGGAUUUGUGCUAUCAAUAACAUUUCAAGACAGAUCUACUUGACAGAUAAUCCAGAGGCUGUAGCUAUCAGGUUAAACCAGACGGCUCAAGAGGCAGUUACUCCCAUCACCAGUUUUGACAAGAGACUUGAAAAUACACAGAACAGUGAAAGCUUAAGACAGGAUGUACCACAAAGAGAGCCUACUAACCAUGUGACUGAAGAUGGCACAGAGGAACUGCAACCAGAGCAGUUAAUAGUUCCGGGCACACCUAUUCAGUUUGACAUUGUUCUGCCAGCCACUGAAUUCCAGGACCAAAACAGAGGAAACCGGCGCACAAAUCCAUUUGGAGAAUCUGAAGACACCGGUGAAAACCCGGCAGAGGAAGGAUUACUUCUGCAACAGAUGUUUGUAGUUCGCUUCUUAGGAUCAAUGGCGGUAAAAUCGGAUCACACCAACAAGGUCAUAUUUGAGGCCAUGCGACAAGUGUUAGCGGCUCGAGCUAUUCAUAAUAUAUUCCGGAUGACAGAAUCUCACUUGAUGGUAACCAGUAAAAGCAUUAGAUUCAUAGAUCCACAAACACAAGUUACAAGAAUAAGUUUCGACCUUGAAAACAUCACACAAUUUGCUGCCCAUCAAGAGAACAAGCGCCUGGUGGGGUUUGUGGUUUGUACCCCUGAAGCAUCUGGAGGGGAGUCGCUGAGCGCAUACGUCCUGGAGAGUAACACCGAGGGUGAAAAGAUUUGUUUCUCAAUCAGUUUUGGAAAAGAAAUUGCUGCUGCAGAAAAGGACCCAGAAGCAUUGGCACAACUAAUGUCGUCAGUUCCCCUAUCGAAUGAUGGCAAGUUCGUUCUUCUGAAUGUCCAGUCAGAAGACAGUGAGGAAAUUCAACCAUGUGAAGAAGGGCUAGAAUCUGAAGCUUAAACAGCAUCUCUGCAAUCCUUCUAUACAUUCUCAAGGCUGAAACACUUUCUUUUUUUUUUUUUUUUAUGCUGAUGGUAAUUUUCAAUUAUCAAUAUAAGAGAUUGUAUACCAGUUGUGACGGUCUGUAUUGUAUAUCUGGUGGGGUCAGCAGAACAAUUGAAUUAGACUAAUGUAAGUCACACAAAAUGAUCCCAGCAAGUCUAGCCUUAUCAAUAGUUCAUUUAUGAUCAGUUAAUGCCAUAAUCAUUUUAUGCUUGGAUACCAUGUUUGUGGUUUGAUCUGAGUAUUGCUCCUCACAGGGGGAAUGGUGCUCAGCUGGUACUGCGCAGCCUUCCCAUAGCUUCAGGGUAUCAGCACUGUACACAUUCUAUUCAGAGGUAGACUAACUAGAAGGCUGCUAUGCAUGAAAAGAUUCCAGGCGCUCAUGGAUUAUUUUAUCCAUGGAAUGAAAUGUAGCUAUGCACACAAUAGGUGUGAUAUGCCCACAAUUCAUCAUCUCUUAUGUUUUGGUCUUUUCAUGUGUAUAGGACGUAUGCCUUGUGAGCUCCUAGUAUUGAUCGAUAUAUACACAAUACGAAGUGCUGUCCACCAUCAAUAUGUGUGUACUUGAUGGCCCUGCUUCCUUACUGCCCAAUAAACCCUAAGUGCAAAUUUUG